AUGGCGUCGCUGUCGAUGACGAGCGCCGCAGUGGCGCGUGCGCAGUGGACGCCGAGGCAGAACAAGCUGUUCGAGCAGGCGCUGGCGGUGUACGACAACGACACGCCGGAUCGGUGGCACAACAUCGCCCGCGCCGUUUUUGGUUUUGGAACACACAAAUCACAGGCCUGUUUGCAAAUUGGCUAG